CUCUCCGAUGGACACCACGCGACCUCCCUGUCUCUCUGUGCCCUCCCUCUUUCCGACCGGCGAACCACCGCACGGGACCGGCGAGAGGACCGCGACCUCCCUCUCUCUCUCUGCUCUCCCUCUUUCCGACCGGCGAACCACAGCGAGCAAAUCAGAUGUUUUUCUAGAGAUCUCCCAUCGUCGCCUCCAUCUUCUUUUUCCCCAAUUUUUUUUUUUUGUUUAGUUGUUUUUUUUUUCCCUAGUGUUCUGAUGGCGGAUCUGGAGUUGCAUAUGGAGGACGACGUGAUGUCUCACAUCGACCUCGACGGCUUCUUCGGCGACCUCCCUGAGGCCGGCGACGUCAUCGGCGCUUGCUCCUCGACGAACGCGUCGUCGUCGUCUUAGACUCGGGGCUCUCGUGGUUCGACGAGAUCGAGAACAUCUUGAUGAAGGACGACGAGGACGGCGGAGUUUUCGGUGGCGGGAUUAGGGCUGAUUCGAGCCAGGAGUUCUGCGAUAGGUUCCUCGCUGACGUGCUCGUUGAGUCCCCCGGAGAUGGGUCCGUGGAGAUAGCCGACGGGUCCGGCGACAAGGAGGAGCCUGGAUCGUCGGAUGACGGCGGGAUCGAGGCUGCGAAAGUUGAUGGGGCUAACGGUGGCGGUGAAGCGUAUGAUCCUGCUUCUAAGAAGCUCAGGAGGCAGCUGAGGAACAGGGAUGCUGCUGUUAGGUCGAGAGAGAGGAAGAAAGCGUAUGUCAAAGAUCUGGAGGUGAAGAGCAAAUACCUUGAGGGGGAAUGUAGGAGACUUGGGAGGUUACUUCAGCGCGUUACGGCUGAAAACCAAGCUCUGCAUUUCAGUUUGCAGAACAGUGAGUGUGGUGCUAGUGUGGCCAAGCUGGAGUCUGCCGUGCUCUCAGAACCCCUGCCGCUGGGUUCCCUGUUUUGGUUCCUAUGCAUCACAUGGCUAUUUACCCUGCCCCUGCCGCUCCUGUUGGCACUGGAAGCAGUGUUGCGGGAAAACACAGGAAAGGGAAAUCCAAAACCUCUGGCAGCUCCAAGAGGAGCAAGAAGUGAGAUGUUUGGAUCUAAGUUCGGAUGUCCUCGAACAGGUGGCAGUGAUGGUGAAGUUUCUCUAUCGGUGUUGACUGCCUUCAAAUUGCGAACUUCUCAUAGAAUACUCUUCAUUUACUGUAUAAAGCUAUGCAAUACAUAGAGAAAAACUCUCUAGUUUUAAGGGACUUCUUAACAGUAGUUUCCCUUAAGGUGCUCUCUAUUUGGUUCUUUUCCACGGCCUUAGAUCACCAUCCAAGUAACAAGGUGCACAGCAAGUCGAAGCCACUCGAAGAAAACUUCAAGUUCAAAGAGUGAAAUGGCUAGCGAAAACGACGGGAUGAUUACUCUGGAUUUCAGAACUAUACCGGUCGCGCAUUAUCCGUUACAAAUCAUUUUGUUCUCUUCGUCUGCAAAUAUCAUCAUGGAAAAGUACAGUACAAGUGAGCUCGAAGCGGGAGGGCAAAAGUGGUAAAAGCAUAGAACUUAAAUAUCGCGUUUACUUCCUAUUCAGUAUCGACAUUUUCAGAAAUGAAGUAAUAUUGAUAAGAUUGUGUAUUAGCUAUUCACAAAUUCACUAGCUACCAUGAGUUUAGAGGGCGUCUUGCCAAGCUUUUACCGAUUCUCUUCUCUAUGUGGAACUCCGCUUGAAUCAGCAAUGUUUCUAGAAUGUCGAUAAUACUAAAUCAUCGUAUAAUACAAAGGUUUCUCCUUUUUGA